AUGGAUGCGUGGUCAGUAGACGAGAGUGACAAGAAGGCCGCCGAUACAGUCGGCAGACUACCGUACUAAACUAAAAAUGACACCAUCGAGCAGCUAAAAGAAUUGAAUGCGAGUCUCAGAAGAAUAAUAUCAGGAGACAUAACUCUAGUUGAUCAGCUGGGUGCGAUGCAACUGGCAACUCAAGCAGCAAUUAGCGCAGCCUUUAAAACACCGGCUGUAAUAAGGAUGUUUGGGAAAAAAGAGCCAAAGUUAUUGAGAGAACGGCUGUCAUUAAUUGAACGGGACGCUAAACUUGGUAAAUUGAGUAAAGAAGCCAGUGACAGACAGAGAGUCGAAGUAUUGACGGCAUUGAAGCACUUGGGUGAAACGUUAAGUCAAUCUGAAUUGGAAUUAAUACAGAGGCUUACUCUUGAUAAUAUUGACACGACAGAUUUUAUUCAAGUAUCUGAUUACAAGGAAAAAAGUCAAGUAGCUCGAGCAAUAGUUAGUCAAGAAGUUAAAGAUAAUAAAAAAGAUUGA